AUGAUCGCCCACGUCGACCUGAGGGAGGUGCAACAGUUCCAGAAGCCCUUCCCGUGCCCCGUGUCCGCACUGUUCCUGCAAUCCUGGGAGGCGAGUUUGAGUCAAGCUCCCUCCAUUCAAGAGGGCUUUGAAAAAGCGGAUGGUGCCACGGGCGCGCUGGUCCGGAAGUAUCUGGCUUCUGCAGAUCUCGAGGGGUCAGAGAAGGAGCCGCUGAAGGUCUUGGUGAAGGAAGAGAAAAGCGUCAUCAUCGAGGCGGCCGUUGCGGACUUAAUGCAGUUCGCUGAGCUGCUCAUCUGGGAAAACCCGGAGAUCCAGAAGAAAAUGCAGGAGAUGGACUUGAAACCUGAAGAUGUCAAGGUCACCUACAGUGUGGUGGCCACGAAGGAGAGCCAAGUCAUGGUGAAGAUGCUGCUGGACGCCACGCAGCUGGAAGUGCUGAUGAAGAGGCCGGCCGGGGAGUAUCAGCCCAAGGAUACUCAUCGGAGCCUCUUUGAGAUUCUGAGUCAACGGCAUCACCGGGAUGUUUGCCGGGCUCAAGACAUCUUAGCUUUCACUUCUGCAGUGUCGACCGUGUUGUCAUUUACUGUAUAUUUGGGGGACCGUCAUGCGGGCAACGUCAUGCGGGCAAUGUCAUGCUCCGGGACAAUGGUGCCUAUCUCCACAUCGACUAUGGCUAUGUGCUGGGCAACCAGCCAGGAAUGCAUUUGUGUUAUGGUGCGAAUCCGCAAGUGCGCUUGGAUUAUUCGGAGAUCUUCACCGCCAUCACCGAAGAGCGCAUGA